AUGGCAGAUAUGGAGAGGAAUGAGUGUUAUUUUAUAUUAUUGGAAAGCUUGGGUAGGUCUGCGCUCUUCUUAAGAGCGCAAGUUCUCACGGUCAGAUUCGAACUUUGCAGAGAGAAUUGCAUAUUGAAGAUAGUUGAAGCAUAUGCUCCGGAAAUAGCGCCGGAAAUAGCUCCUCGUUUCUGGAAUAACACGAACUGGAUAGACUUCAUCGCUGCAAACAAACCACCGCUUCCGUACUUAAAACAACAAAAAAAGGAAGAAGACGGGGUUCGCCGAGGAUCGAACUCGGGACCUCCUGCAUCUAAAAUUAUUAGAGAAAUCCGAAACCAAAAGUUAUAUACUGGCGCCAAUGAGAUAUUGGGAAAGCAGGAGCGUAUGGGAAUGGGCGGUCAAUACAAUGGAUUCAAACACAAUACUAGCACCGCUCCGCCAACGUUGAAUGGUGAUACCAACGCUUGCCAGGAGACUGCAAUGAUCAGAGCCCGGCGCCGUGGUAAGCAUCAGGGGACCCGGUUUCAGCGACCCAACCAGGUUGUGAUAUGCUUUUUGAAGAUGCUCUCAGAACAGGGCCUAGAUAAUAGGAGGGCGAAAGUGACUGACGAGAGCACCUUCGCUACCCCACUUGGUUCUGAAUACAUUCCACUCGCUGGGAAAGCACUUGAAGCUGCUGUUUGCCCACCUCAGAGACAUGCCUUUCCAAUCGCAUCCUUGAGGAUUCCCCAAAGAGUUGAGCGUGUUCAAACGCUAAUAUCGUUCGUGGAAGAGCAACUCUCAGGCUUGAGCAGGGGUAUACUUUGCAAGAGGCUUCGGCCCUUCUCUUUCCCACUUAAGUGGGUCUGUUUGUCCGAAAUGCUCACCGUCGAAUCAUCAGCCACUGCGAAGAGAACUGACGAUGUGACUUUGACCCAAACGCCGCAUUCCCCGCUGCUCUUGGUGGAAAAUAGCGCCGAGUAUUUAGCUGGGAUGGGUGUCAAGAGGUUGGGGUCGCUGGGUUGGAAGGAUGCAGGGAGCUGGGCACUGGUCCGUGUCCAAGGAGGGUUGACUUCAGACGAGCUCUUCCCCGCCAUUCAAAGCAUCACUAAAACUGCUCAGCGGUCCCGUCGCACGUCUUUCUCGGCGCUAGAGAGUUCAAGCGUCGUCUUCAAACUUGGUGCAAUCAAGGUGUUGGAGAAUUUGGAGCCGUGCACGCCACUGACGGGCUCCUCCCAACCGUUCGCUGCAAUAUAUCCCGGCUUCCACGAUCAACAUGACAACUGCAUGGAAGAAGAGCUGACGAAUGGCUUGGGGCACCGUUGCAAGACCAUGCAUCUCGGCACAUGCAAUUAA